CUUAGCACGUUUCGUUUCCUUCCCUUUCUCGCUCCUUCCGUGACAUUUUUGCGAAACGUCGGUCUCGUUUCUUAUGAAAAUUCAUCAAAAAAAUCACAUUAGGGCAUGCUCGGUAAAGUUUUUCGCACGAAACACCGUGAUAUAAAAUCUAUAACCGUGGUUAAGUUUUUUUGUGCCAAGUGCAAUUAAACAAUCAAGAUUCCGCCGAUAAUUCAAAGCCUACCCAGUGGGUGGCUUAUUUUGGGAGCACCGGGUGAGUCCGGCGCGUCUACCAGUGCCGGGCGUGUGAGGCCUAGCAGGCCGCACGAGGCCGCUAGACCCCGCCCCGCGCCACGCUGCUGGCGCCGCGCUCUCAACGUCGACCCGCCCUGGCUGCGAGCGAGGGCCCGCUGACGCCAUCUAGACAUUACCUGACACUUGUGGACUAGCGCUAGUGGGCCACCACAACCCGGCUCGAACACCUGACACCGACCCCUUCGGCCCGGACAGGCAAGCGCAGCAUAGCCGACCCCACGCUCCGGCGCUGCCGGGGCUAAGUCGGCUCCAAAGUCAACCUUAACACAACUGCUAAAGGCUCAAAAUCCCAGACAACAUGAAGGUCGUGGAAGAAGAACAGCUUAUCACCGUGAUGGACGGGCCGUGGUCCCCAACCGGUCUGAUCCGAGAGAUCGUGGACUCGGGCACGCAGGAGGAUCCCUUCUACAUCAUGGAUUUGGGAGAAGUGGUGGCGCGGUACCAUCGCUGGAAGGAGCUAAUGCCACGCGUUGAACCGUUCUAUGCGGUGAAAUGCAACGACGACAAGCUCCUGGUGAGCACUCUGGCGGCGCUGGGCGCGGGCUUCGACUGCGCCUCCAAGGUCGAGAUCGAGCUCGUCACCUCCAUCGGAGUCGCUCCUGAACGCAUAAUAUUCGCGAACCCCGCCAAGAUGGCGUCGCAUAUCCGCUACGCGUCGGCCAUGGGAGUGGACGUCAUGACCUUCGACUCCGAGACCGAGCUUAUGAAGAUCAAACAGUUCAUGCCGCAUGCGCAGCUAGUGAUCCGCAUCCGCUGCGACGCGGCGGCGGCGCAGUGCCCGCUGGGCAUCAAGUUCGGCUGCGACCCCCUCACCGAGGCGCCGCGCCUGCUCAAGCUGGCCGCCGUGCUCGGACUUGACGUGGUAGGCGUAUCAUUCCACGUGGGCAGCGGUGCAUCAGAAACAGCAGUAUACGGCCGCGGCAUAUCCCUCGCGCGGGCGCUGUUCCGCACCGCCCGCGACGCCGGCCACGUGCGCAUGCAGCUGCUCGACAUCGGCGGCGGCUUCCCCGGCGGACGCCACGACGACAUCCAAGAGGUAUCGGAAGUGAUAAACGCAGCUUUAGAAGAGCACUUCCCGAUAGGCUCGGUGCGAGUGAUCGCCGAGCCGGGGAGGUACUUCGCUGCCGCCGCUUACACGCUCGCCGCUAUGGUACACGCUAAACGAGAGAUUGCGCCUAUUGAGAGCGGAGGCGAGACGCACACGAUGUACUUCAUCAACGACGGCGUGUACGGCUCCUUCAACUGCGUGCUCUACGACCACCAGCACGUCAAGGCAGAGACACUCAAUGACAACGGCACCCCACUCUCCGAAUGCUCAGUCUGGGGUCCGACCUGCGACGGCCUCGACUGCGUGCUCCCCAACGUGCGUCUCCCGACCCUCGCCAUCGGAGACUGGCUCGUCUUCCGCGACAUGGGAGCCUACACCCUGCCUGUGGCUUCGGCCUUCAACGGCUUUCCCGUGCCCACUGUGCGGCCCGUUGUCGAUGCUAGGCUUGCUUCCAUCCUCAAAGAGCUGCGUCCACUAACCGCCUCUCAAUUCGCGGCCACUCGCUCGGGAGCCACCUCAGGCCCGCCCAGCCCGACAGCUCCGGCCAGUCCGCACGCCGAGGCCUCUCCCCUGCCGCCGCCCGCUCGCGCCGUGUUCGUGGAGUGCGCUCUCAAGUGACGCCCGCACGCGGCCUGCACACACACACUCAACAAACCAGCAUGUAUCACGUCACCAGUAUCAAGUCUGACAGCAAAAUUGACGCCUGCUUUGGUUAACGUGUCGUCACCACCAGCUGAUAUAACGUCACCAGUAUCAGAACUCACUUCAUCUCUAUCAGAUCUGACAUCAAAAUUUUCAGAUGUGACCUCAAAAUUGUCGUCGCCACUAUCUGAUACAACUUCAUCACAGGCUAAAGCAACGUCUUCACUUGAUAUGACGUCGCCAAUAUCAGAUCUGACGUCAAAAUUAUUAGAUGUGACCUCAAAAUUGUCGUCGCCACUGACUAAUGUGUCGUCACCACUAUCUGAUAUAACUUCAUCACAGGCUAACACGAAGUCACCACUUGAUAUAACGUCGCCAAUAUCAGAUCUAACGUCAAAAUUGAUAUCACCGCUAGCAAAUUUCACGAUGUCAGUCGUACGAAGCCGGUAACAUAUAAUGUCGCCCUAUAUAUUGUUCUAUUGUUUUUAUUUAUAACGUAUCUUGUUCAUCUGUGCAGGUUAUCACAUUGCGUAUUUACUUACUAAACACAUUAAUGGGUAACUUGCAAUUGCAACAUUUAACUAUAACGAUAAUCGAACCAUUUUCAGUUGUCAAGUCACCGAAUAGACCAAUGAGCGACAAUUUCACGGCUGGCUAUGGUUUGGUUAUCGUUAUAGUUAAAUGGUGCAAUUCACCCUUAAAAUUAAAUACAUGUAUGUAUUUUGAAUAUUUUUAUUUAUAAAUUGUAUUUAUUGCUUACUCUACAUUACUCGUGAAGUUGACCAAAGAUAAAAACAUUUCGAAUAGUUUUGUUAUUUAUAACAUUAGCUCAAUGUUGCGGCCUCGUUAUAAUAAAGGUGAUAAUCCAUUGUCUUUGAAUUGGGCGGAGCUGCGAGAAAUAAACUGUGAAAAUAAAGUAAUUCUAUUGGUUGAAUUUCUUAUAGCUGUCGAUUCAGAUUCUUUGGAUUGUCGCCCUAAAAGCUACGCGAUUCAGAGGUUCCAACGUCGAAUAAACUGUGACUUUUCUCGAUUCCGCUUCUAUGGAAGGUAGACAAAUAUAACUUUUACGUCUUUGCACUAAGGUUCAUAUUUCGUCACUUCAUAAGUUGCGUUGCGUUGAUACCUUGGAACUCUGAAAACGUGACUCAUAACUUCUAUUAAUGAUAGAGUGUGUGUGAAAACUCGCUGGAGUAUAGUAAAAGUAGAAAAUCUUUGCAUUUCAGUAGCUAUUUUAAUCUCUCAUUAAAUUCAAAAUUUGGGGUCAGUUUUUUUUAAAUAUUUUUUUGUAUAAACUAAUGUAUUAAAUUAAAUGUUUUUUGUGUAGCGAUUUGAUCGUUAACAACUAAAAUAUUUAUGUGAUUCUUAAAUUAUGUGCUGUCGCUUCGACGGGGAUUUGUUAAUCGUUGUUUUUUUGCUUACUAAUAUUUAUUUGUUAGCGCAAACUGCCUAAGGUGUAUUGUAUUUACAAAUCACGGUGUUUUUUGUUGCGUUUACUCGUAGCCGUAAAAUUUUCGCUAAAAAUGUAUUUCGAUGUUUCAGUUACCGACAUGUGUAAUGGAUUUAAGAAUUUUUCAUUGUUGUUUCAUCUCAUAGGAUGAGUUUCGCAAAAUAUUUGUGGCAAUGGCUUUUUAAAUAAACUUUUGUGGAAUGUGA